AUGUGCUACUUUAUUGAAAACGAAGACGACACCAACCCCUGCCGGUCCUCUCUUUCCUCUGUUCUCUGUCUCGACCAGAUCAACGAAGAGAGAAACUCCAUCAUCUUUGCCUACAACUCCAACGAACUUGCCUCCAAUCUUGCCUCUUCUCUCAAGACCUUUCCCUCCUCUGCCUCCUCUGCUCCUCGCUUCAACAACCACCAGAGAAACUCCAAACCUAAAAACACCUCCUCAGACAUCGACGUUGACUCUGAGUCCUCUUCCACAAGCUCUUCUUUAAGUCCCUUGCGAAACAACAUCAUUCCCUCUCCUCCUCUCUUCAACGCCAACUCCACCAUAAUUUCCCAAAACACCAAUGCUCUCAACACCUCUCAAAACAAUGACAGAAAAUCUCCUAUUUUCAAGGAAAAGUCUUCCAUCAAACCCUGGCUACAAGACAGAUUAUUGCCCUUGGGUAUCUUCAUAGUAAUCGAAAGAUCCGAUGACACUAAAAUCGUAUUUAAAUGCAAAUCUCAUUUUAAAUCAACCUUUAAAAACAAAAAACUAUCUCUAAUGGACGAUAACGCCCCAAUCUCAAACAACUCCUCUACCAAUGACUCUAACAGCAUUAAAAUCUCAAAACCAAAAUUCAAAAGAUCCAAAAACAUAAACUCCUGCCCUUUUCGAAUUAGAGCAAACUAUUCAAUAAAGGCAAAGAGAUGGUCCUUGGUUAUUGUCAACGAACACCACAACCAUUCUCUAUCUCCAAACUUUGACUCAAUAAUUCCUCUCGAAGAAAAACAAAAGUUCUCUUCAUCUCCUUCUUCUUCCUACAUUAAUGGCUCCGAUUUCGACGAAGCUGCUAUUCUAAAAGCUCACUAUUACAUUGAAGAAAAUAAUAGAAGAUUUAGCAACCUAUUAGGCUCCAGUGACACUGAAUAUAAUGACGACGAACCUUACAACCCUUCAAAGGAUUUUAAGAAAAAGACUCAUACUCUCAUCAACAAUUUCCUAAUAAACGACAACUCAACAAAUAAUGACAAAAUCUCUCUUUUAAAUUCAAUGAUAUCUGAUAUUCAAAAAGUUAUCACCAAGAUUAAAUCAAACGAUUUAACUCCAAUUCCUCCAACAAAAAUCAACAAAUCAAACCAGCAUUCCUUCAAAAUUUAUAACAUCAUUAACCAUUCAUCUCCCCCUUCUUAUCAUCCAAAUUUAAACCUAUCAAACUCUCUUUAA